AUGGACAUCUUAGAGCAGCAUCAAGAACUCUCGCCUUAUCACAUCUCACUCUGCAUCCUUCUCCACGAAUCAUUUAUGAACCCAAAACUAUUACCUCAACAGCGUCAAAAAACCCUAACUCCCCUCGUCCGUGAGCAAAUAAAAAAUUUGUGUUCGAUCAUGGACGGGGUUAAAUUUUUUUUUAAAAAAAUUAUAUAUAAAUUUUAUUGAAAAAAUUUUUAAUUUGUAAAAUAUUGAGAAGCAAAAAUUAAUUUAAUUUGCGAAAUUUAUAUUUUAAAAUGCAAGCUGUUUAGAAUUAAUCAGAAUUACAAGAGAUUUUAUUAUAAUAAUUAUCAUUUAUAUAUAAAAUUGUUUUUCAUAAAUAAUUUUGUUCGCAAAAAUAGGGAUUUUUCCAAUGGUUUUGUUUGCUUACGAAGGGGGGAGUAAGCUUUCUUGUUAGUAAAAUCAAAGAUGAAGGAUCUGAAGAAAUGAGCUUUCAAGAUUUAUCUCAAACUUACAUUAAUUUAUCAGUUUCUGAGCCUCCAUAUUUUUCUAAAAGAAUUCUUUACAACUAAAUAUAACUAGGAUAGUAAAUUAUCUGCAAACUCUUGAAGAAGGAAUCAAUUCUAUUCAGCCAAUAAAAACCCAUUUUUUAAACGCUAUUAGCUCUUUACAGCACUUCAGCGACAUUCUUACCUUUUUCAUUGCGAAAUUGAAUGAACUUAAAAAUGAAGGCGAAAUGAGCAUGGGGUAUUUGGAGCAAGGAGGAACUUUAUAUUUGUUUUUGCGAAAAUGCUUUUUGAUUUUUGCGAGGAUGGGGUUUGAAGAUAUCACAAAGCUUGAUAUCCCCUUUAUAUAUAACUAUUCAAGGCAAUAAAUAUAAAUAAAAUUGAAUUUUAAUUUUAUAUUUUUAUAGGAAGGGUAUAAAAAGCUUCAAGAAUACAAAAGCGGCAAAACUCAAGAAAAGUCUGAUGCCCAGCACUCAGUAUCAGUCGCCACAAAUCUAGAUAGUUUAGUGCUAAAGAAAACCUACCAAGAGCUUUCUGAAGAAAUUUCCAAAAUAAACCCUCCAACUAACUUCAUUUGCCAAGGCCAUUUAGACGCUUAUUACAAAAACAAUCAAGCAAUUGACAACAUUCAUAGGUAUUUUGAUAUGAUUUUGGACUCAAAAAUGCCUACAAAAACAACUCGUGAAAAAGGGCUAGUAGUCGUCCAAUCAUCAACACAUUAUGCUUCUUUGCAUAGAGUAAAAAUUGAGCUUCAGCUAGGCCAUUUAGAGCCUGCAUUGCAUUUAUUAGUAGAAACCAUAAAGCGAGCACUCAGCGAAAAUGAUAACCCAGUUAUUUUAGAGUCUACACUAUUAUUUAUGAAAAUCGCUGGGCUGAUGGGGAAUUAUAAAAAAGAAAAAAGAAUUGCUGAAAGAGCUGUUUUACAAUCAAUUAAGCUGGGGAACUUAAUUGCGCUAAUAAAAUCAUCAUUAUUUUUUUCGCAAGCUGAUUUGCUAUAUCCAAAUUUAAUAUAAUUUUAAUGGAGGAUUUUUGUAUAAUUUGUAUUAAAAAUAAGAAAAUAAGCAUAAUCAUACUCAUUUAUAUAGGUAACAGAAAGGAUAUUCAAAAUGUGAAUCGUCUAAUAUAUUAGCUGAAAUAAAGCCAAAAAUCGAUACUAAAAAGAAAAUUCCUAUGAUUGUGCCGAGAUAUUUAAAUGUUGAUACAAAUGUGAAAACAUGGGUAAAUUUAGCUGAUUAUGCUUUUAUUGAAGGAUUAGUCAAGCAUGAGCAUGCAGAUUUGAGAAGUAACCAAAUGAGAAUGAAUGUUUUAAAUUGGAUGAAUCAAGGAUGCUACUGAAUUUCACAUAGCUUUCUUAAUGCCAUCAAAGAAAACCCUCUGAAAACUGCGAUUGAUGCUGAUUUUUAUUUGCAGAUUGCUCGAUUUUUAGCUCAGUAUCAAAAAGAUACAGUUCUGGACAUCUUAAAAUACGUUGAUUCUUAUUGCUCUAUUAAAACCUGCAUAAAAUGGGACUUUUCUAUUUAUACUAUUAAUAUUCUAAACCAUAAUGCCAAUAAAGAUAAUAUCCAAAUUUUUAUAAAAAAUGGCAAAAAAUAUUAAUAAAUUAUUUUUUUUUCAAAUCUAAUAGAAUAUUACAUUGGGCACAUAUGAAGCCUUAACAAAGGAGAACUAUUAGAAGCCCUUUACUUUGAAGAAAAAGCAAUUGAAACUUUAAACCAAACAAAUGACGUUGACCUUUUCCUUGAUAUAAAAUUAAAUAAGCUUCGAAGACUUAUUCACCAUUAUCAGCUCAGAGAAGCUUAUGAGCUCGCAAAUGAGCUAAUUUCUACAUUACAUGACCGUGGCAGCAAAGUUCGCAUAGUAGAAACUAGGAUUUUAUUAUCUUAUAUAUAUUCUAUGUCAAGCCAACACUAUAAAGCUCUUUCUGAGAUAAAUAAAACACUUCCUUAUAUCGAGGAUUUUUCAAUAUUAGAAAUCAUAAUAAAAACUAGACUUGCUGAAGUUUAUCUUGAUAUUGCCCCUAAUUCUAUCCCGUCGCUACAAAUAUUGACUCCUUUAGAUAAAAUUCUGGACAGGGUGAAUUUUCCGCUGAUAUGUGGGAAAUAUCAUGCAGUUAAGGCAAAAUGCUUAUUUGCCCUUGGGAUGAGCUUGAAUUCAAAUUUAUCGAUGAAUUUAAUGAAAAGUGGGAUUGACCAUUGUAUUAAAGCGGUGGAUUAUUUUAAACAAAUAAAUAGCUGUUAUGAAAUCAGAGAAGUUUUGUAUAUGCAGGCAAGAGGGUUCCAUCAAAUCGGGGAUUUCGGGAAUAGAGAUAAAUCGGCUGAAGAAUUCUGUAAGAUUAAUCAAGAAAUAAAUUGGGCUGCAAAGAGGACAAAAAGUAGAGAAAGCCAGAGUUUAGUGUUUUUAAUUGGUGAUUAG